AUGGUGGAUCUCGGAGGAUACGUUAUUAUAAUUGUCGAAACCAAAGACAAAAAAAUUAAAUUAUAUGGUUCUCCACCUGAUAAAGCAAAUUUAAAAGUUGGAAAUGAAAUUUUGGAAGUUAAUGGAAAAUCAAUGGAUGAACCCUCACAUACAAAAGUUAUAUCACAUAUUCAUCAGUGCAUUCGAUCACGUACAAUUUGUUUGAGAGUUAAAAGGAGAAGUGGGAACAAAUUAGGUCGGAACAAUGUUCAUAGUAAUUAA